AAUUAGAAGAUCCUGUAUCAAGCUAUAAUAAUGUUAAUUAUGAUAGUGACCAUAAUGAUGACUAUAAUAAUGAUGACCAUGCUUGUGAUAAUAACAAAAGUGCUCAUAAAGCACAGUAUGCUAUGACAGAAGAAUAUCACAAAAAAAAAAAGAAAAUGCAAGAUGAACAUAGUACUAUUAAAGAGUUAUUCAAAAAAACUUCUAAAGAUUCCUCUACUACGAUGUUAGCUGAAAUUGAUAAUAUGAAAUUUCGUAAUAUGUUUGCCACCUGGAUUAUUAAUCGUCAACACCUAUUUGCUAUAAUUGAGGAUCCUGAAUUUGUCAAAAUUAUACAGUACUUGAAUCUCAAGGCACAAUUAGUUAAAGCAGAUGCAAUUAAGAAUACAAUUAUGUCACUUUAUAACUUAGAAAAACAAGAAUUGAAG